GCCGCACUGAAGGACGUUAUCUGACCUUGAAGCGAUUGUUCAUUUCUGCUGGGAUUCGCUUUGUGUGCUUGUGGCUUAGUGAUCUGUGCUAUUCAAUAAUAAACUGUAGCUGGUGCAUCAUGUUGCAUUCUGAGAUUCAUACACCGUUGGGAUUUAUUUAAUAACAGUUUUCGAGGCGAUUGGUUUACCAGGCGUAAGAAAUUGUCUAGGAGAUAAUCCACUACAAAUCGGCCUGAUGUACGUCAUUUUUUAAACCGUGUGAUUUACAGUUAUAUCUAACUGACCUUUCCUGAUUGAGGUUGGAAGCUUCCUAUUCACGUUUAUUUACGUGGGGGUUAUUGUAAAUUUGUCAACUAAAAUGAUAGUAAUUAGUAGUUCGUUAGCGAUAUAUAUAUGCUCGGUUCUGUCACACUAAUGUUAAUAACUGGGUCCACCUUUUUAAAUAAUAAUCCUGUAGGCCGUUCAAAACACUCAAAUAACACUAUAAUGUUGUAUAAAGACAAGGAGUUCUAUGGUUGAUAUAGUAAGCAAGGCCCAGAGUUUGAAAUCGAAGGGAAUUUGUUGACUUUUAACCGCAAUAUUAUAACUAGAUCUGAGUUUAUACUAGCUUCGAAUCUGUUGCUUCAGUGCCUCCAAGUAGUAGGUUAUUUCAUGGACUGCAAUCCUAACCUAUGGUACUUACACUGUUGAUUUGGCUACUUUGACACAAUAAUGUCGUUAACCAUGUGGUUGCUUAUGGGAUUGCGUUUUGGGAUCACUCUGAAUGGAUCUGAGGAGUAUGUUAAUCAAUAAUGUCCUCCAAACGGUAUACUUCCCAACGCUUUAUGGCUGUUUGUCUCUCACAGACAGAAUACUGUGUGCUUGGGAGAUUUAGGGAAAUGUAAGCUUCUUCUGUAGAUUCAGAUACAUACUAGAGAUAAGUGACACUAAAUCUUGACUCCUUUUCGUUUUUAAUUAAGUGCGACUAGGUCGUCAUAUCUUUUAUGUGGACAUUUGGUAUAUGCACACAUACUUCUUGUCUAGUCGCUAUCUUUAGUUUUAUGAAUCUUGUUAUUUUUUAUUCUUUUGACUCCGUUUUAGUUUUUUAAGAGACAGGAAAGCCUAAACCAGUGAAUGUUUGUGCAGAUCUCUGUUUCGCUCCUCCUUUCAAUUUAUUUCAUACAUCUUAUAUUCUUAUGCAUUAAGACAAUGUUCACGUUUUCAUUUCUCACUAAGCUACAUGUAUAUCCAGUUUUGAUCAAAAUCUUUACUAUUUGUUUCUUUUAACAUAGAUCGAAAACGUCUAUUCCAAUGUCAGACACUCCUGGUGUUAUUCCUAACAUGCCUAUUGGUUCACAUCAGUCAUCUACUAGUGCAAAGUCUAAUACAACUAAACGAAAGGAGAUAUAUAGAUACAAUGCUCCUUGGUGUAUUUUCAGCAUGAACUGGUCUGUCAGACCAGAUAAACGCUUUCGUUUAGCUGUGGGUAGUUUCAUUGAGGAGUACAAUAAUAAAGUCCAAGUAAUAUACCUAGACGAUGAACAAGGAGAGUUCGUUGUACAAAGUACGUUCGCACAUCACUACCCAACGUCAAAAAUCAUGUGGAUCCCUGACACAAAGUGUAUUUUCCCUGAUUUACUUGCCACAAGUGGUGAUUACCUUCGUGUUUGGAGAAUAAAUGAAGAUUCUGAAGUUAAAAAUGAAUGCUUAUUGAAUAAUAAUAAAAAUUCGGAUUAUUGCGCCCCACUUACUUCCUUUGAUUGGAAUGAAGUAGACCCGAAUAUCAUUGGAACUUCUAGCAUCGAUACUACAUGCACUAUCUGGGCCCUUGAAACGGAGCAGGUGAUCGGCCAUACAAAUGUCGUAAGUGGACGUGUAGAAUCUCAGUUGAUAGCCCAUGACAAAGAAGUAUAUGACAUAGCUUUCAGUCGUGCUGGAGGCGGGAGAGAUGUUUUCGCCAGUGUUGGUAAGUGGUUUUAUUUUCAACCUGAAUAUUUUCUCCUGUAAUUUAACUUAACAGAGUCCUUGUCAUUUCCCCAUGAAGAACUACAUGAAACUUUAAAUUCCUACCUUAUGUUAUUUCAACCAGUUACAGUGAUUAAAAUGCAAUCAGUUUAUAAUUUUCUCACUUUACAGCUCUAUACAGUAGUCAGAACACUAUUAUGGUACUAUCUACCGAAUACAUAACAUAAUUAAGCAACAUAUUUUGAAAUUGAAAUAAGCAGUCCAGAAAUAUUUGAAAGUGAAGGCACUCAAUAUAUAUUCAUUUAUUAAGUAUUUGGGUCAUAUUAUUUUAUAUUUUCCGAAUUUAAUGAUUCGGCUUUACUAAUUAUCAGCUUUAUACCAUUAAUGUCCUAUCUAUGUACAGAUUGUGAUUUAUUAUUUAUGGUACGUCAUAUAUAACCACAGAAUUUUAGGAGAGUGAAUAAUACGAUGUACUCGCCCGGUUUACGAAGCAUUUCGAACUGCAAACGAAGGAACAGGUGAUAAUUUUGUGAACUACCGGUUGUUAGCUUAUAUAAGCAUGAUGUUAGCUGGUUCUUUGUUAACUGUGAUAAUCAGCAAAAUUCUAGUAGUAUUAUAUGAACAAAAGUACUAAAUUAAAUAAUUAUAUGUUAGGGAUAACAGACAAGCAACGGCCAUAAAAGUCCUAAGGUGAAGUAGCUGUUAUAACAGGCUGAAGUGAAUAUCUCUUGAUCUACGUAUGAUCAAUUAUGAAUAAUGUGACGGAACUACUGGUGGGAUGUUCCGAAUGAACAGAUACCAGAGAAAAAAAUAACUCGUCAUUAAAAUAUGAGCCAUUCUGUGUAACAAUGACGUACUCACCUGCAAACAUGAAAUGAACUUGAUUAUACAUCACUUUUCAGAAACACAUGACUAGUGUGUAAGUAUCGCAAGCCAUCCAUCUGCCUGAUCAUCAAGCUCACUUAUUCCACACCAUAAAGGUUUUGGUUACUUUUCUUCUUUACCAAAUUAAAGAGCGUAGGAAUAUGCAUUUAUAUAUAUAUAUAUAUAUAUAUAUGAGAUGUGACAAAAUAGAACCGUGCAUGCUUAAAACGGGUCAAAAUCGUAUUUGUCAACUUGUUUUACAAUCGUUUAAAGUAAUGUUAUGUAUUACUUUGUUUUGUUAAGUUCAAUAAUAUUAUUAUAAGCGACAACUCAGAUACAUUCCAUGUGGUUUUCGCUUUAGAUCAUCGGUACUUUCGGUUUCUCCAUUAAAUUGUCAUAUAUUUCGUAGUCCAAAUACAACUGUCCAUAAUUCCAUGCUAUUCUGUCUCAGGUGCAGAUGGUUCUGUACGUAUGUUUGAUCUUCGGCAUUUGGAGCAUUCUAAUAUCGUGUAUGAAGAUUCAAAUCAUUCCCCACUUUUACGCUUAGCUUGGAAUAAGCAAGAUGCAAACUAUCUAGCGACAUUUGCAAUGGACUCCGUAGAAGUAAUUUGUUUUAGUUAUUCACUUUUUCACCAUAUAUUCGAUUGAUAUUUUCAUAAUUGGAUAAAGCACUCUAGUUUUUAUAGGAACACCUGAUACUAUGAUAGUUACUAAUGAUGUUGGAUUUUGUUAAUAAGUCGAAUUGUUUCGUAGACUUGAAUAACUUUUUUAUUAUGAAAGUAUCAAUGUAAGAUCCUGAGGAUUAUAUAAUCGCAGACCCGAUUGUAAUAUGUAUUACAAGGUAUAUUUUGAUGAUAACACGUGUCAGAUGGCUUUUAUACGAACAUUAUUCGUUUUAUCAACCAACUAACUAGAAAACGCAUUCUGUACUAGAUCUAAAAACGACGGCUUCUGCCAAUGACCAAAGACAUUUCCCUAAAAUCGCUCAAUAAGAAGUUUUCACGUUUAUUAUUAUUUACACUACUUUACACUAAUCUAGUCGUUAUUGUUCUUUUUUCUUUUACGCUCCUUAUCUUCUUUUUCUCUCUUCCCAUCCUCAUUGUUUUGUGUGGCGCAUAUAUAUUUGGUGCUCUCUUGUACCAAUAUUUACGUGUUCAAAUAAAAUAAUUUCACGUUUAUUACUGUUCAAAGGAAGAUUACUAGGACGUUAUUUAUGCACAUCUUAUCACCGAUUCGAACAAAGCGGCUAUUUUGUGGACAGAAAUUUAGAAAAUAAACGUGUAUAACGAAGGUAGAUGCUAGAUUACCUUGAUACUCAAAAGCUGGGACCUUUUGUUUUUCAUAUAGCUUGAAUGCCUUAUUACUAUUUAUUUGUUCGCUUUCUUUUUCGUUCACACCUUCCUCAUUAAGUUGAAUAGAUUACUGAAGUUGAGAUGUUACUCAAGGGGAAAGGGGUAACUAUCUGAAGCAACACACUUUCAUAGGAGAAAGAAUUAUCCACUGUCCCGUUUGUCAAUCUAUCUCAGGAAUCUUCUUGUUAAACCUGCAGUAACCCUAUAACUCUUAUGUAAAUAUAUUUUCAUUUUUGGACAGCUCUUAAUCAUUCAGAUAGGAUGUGACUAAUGAGCCAUCCUAGUAAUCUCAUAUUUGUUAUAAAUAGCAUUGACCUUCACUACAUGUACUUCCUUUUUCCGUGCUUAAGGCGUCCGAACAUUGCCUCACGUACUUCGGUUGUGAAAACCAGGGAAAUUUGUACUUUAAGUCAGAAAACAUUAAUGUACGGGUGGUUGGCCAUUCUAACACACCUCAAAUGGCUAUGCAAUUUUAGAGACCUACUUUAAAGUAUAUGUCGACAGAUGUUGAUACAUAAUAUAACGAGAUAGAGUAAAAAGUUCAUUUACGGUAAUUGAUUCAGGAACGAUGGUUCGCUCAAAUCCAAUUCUUUACAAUUGCAUUCAUGUUUUUACCGUCUGUUUGCACAACUCUAUACCAUUACUUGUAGAUAAAGUUAAGAUUAUUGUCCCAUCCUCUCAUGUGAAGUGAAAUAAUAAUAAUAAUUCCGUUCAAUAUAUGCUUUGAUCUCUUUCAGUUUAUUUCAACGCUCACUUUGUACAAAAAUGCAAUCACAUAAUAGAAAUGGGCUUACAGUUAGUUUUAAAGUAGUAUAAUAUACAAAUUUCAAUUUAACCCACUCUUAUAUAAGUGCAGAUUCAUAUACUAAACGUUAAGUUACAAUCUGUCCCAAAUGUAGGGAUACUACCCUUGAUAAAGCUUUCGAAUAUAUACCAUAGAGACUCAAGGCAGAAUUCAGUUAUCGUAAUAUCAUUUAUAUCUUUGGAUAGAUGAAACGUGUUAUCGACAUAUGAAAAAGCAUACUUGUUUUGUAAUCAAUUGGUCACUCUCUUUAAUUCGCUCUAAUUUAGUAGCUAUUUCGAUUUAACAAUUACUGAAAAGAUCUCAGCCUCUUUGUUUUGCACAAUAUGCUUACCUAUCUUUCAGUAUACUGAUGUUCUUUUUGGAUUUAUAUUGUUUUACAACCGCAGAUAAUUAUUUUGGAUUUACGUGUACCAUGCACUCCAGUAGCUCGUUUAAACAAUCACAGAGCAUUUGUAAAUGGAUUAGCCUGGGCACCACAUUCAAGUUGUCAUUUAUGUACAGCAUCUGAAGAUUGUCAAGCUCUUAUCUGGGAUAUUCAGUCUAUGCCAAGAGCAAUAGAAGAUCCUAUUCUAGCAUAUACAGCUGCCGGUGAAAUUAAUCAAAUUCAAUGGUCAUCAACACAACCAGAUUGGAUAGCCAUUUGUUAUAAUAAUUCGUUAGAAAUUUUACGAGUAUAAUAUUUACUGUUUAUUUCUUAUUUUAUCAACUGUUUUAAAGGUGUACUAUAAUUAAGAUCAAAUAUUAUUUCUUCCUUUAUGCUUACUAAGUAUUGUACGUUAUUUUCACGCGUUUAAUUAUUAUUCUUUUCCAAAUAUUCUGGAUAAUUUAACUGUGUACUAUUAUCGAGAUACAUGUAUUGGUUGAAGUCAAAGUUUUGACUACAUAUGAAUCAAUUUCAAAUGUUGUUUUGUACAUUCACUUGGAAACAUUUGUGUUUGUCUAAUCAAUUUAUAAAAUUUCUUAAGAAUUACCAUUAUAAAACAGGAAGUUCUACAAUAAUAGUUAUAUUCAGCAGGAUCUGUGAGACAGAAACAAAUCGAUAUUUACUCGAUUUUGGGAAAAUGACAGACAAAAUAUGAUCGAUGUAAGUUAUCUUUAUUGGGUAAGAAGAUUCGACUCAAGUUAUGCUGUCUCUAGUAAAUAGAUGCUACCCUGUUGUCUGCAAUGUGCAAGGAUAUUUGUCCACAAAAUAUAGUUACGGCUCACUGUUGGGUUAUAUACUAGUAUUUCUAUAAACGCCGCAGUACUACACAAGUAACACAAACUUCAGUGAGUAGUAAUGGAACACCAAAAGUGGUUAAACUGAGCUGAACGAAUAACUCAACUAUUUACUACAGUCAGUAGUUUAAAUUAGAUCCACAUUUUUUAUUCGUACUUUGUUUUAUUCAAAACAUAGAUUGAAGCGAGAUUACUGUCGCAGUGAUAAAAUUAAUAUUAUUCCUAUGGUGUAAACGCGUUUGACUUCAGUGCAUUAUGUGAGAUGGUGGAGAAGAUUUGUAGCUCAGGUGGAUGAUUUUGGUGGAAGUUUGUGCUGAUGAUGUCGUUCAGAAGAACGAUGAAAGCUCCACGACCAAACCAUCCAGCUCAGAGAACAAAACUCCACCAAAAUUAUGUGAGACGUUUGGAAGAUAGCAUAUUAGUUUUUCUAAUCAUUUAGCAAUGUGUAAGAGGAGCUUUUCAACGGACAAAAAGACGGAGAUAUUUUUCCACAAUUACAUAAUGUUUGUAAACGCUCAUCUGCAAAAACUGUUCAAUGUACGAUAAUCAUACAAUUCGCACUCAAACUACUUGCGAUCAUACCAAAUGUUUCCAGUUUCGAGAAAUUCCAGCUCUACUAUUUCAAUUUCUAAAUAUGUUAUGUAUUCAGUACAUAGUACCAUAAUAGUCUUCUGACUACUGUAUAGAGCUGUAAAGUGUAGCAAGCCCAUUCACAUCAACCUUAAUGUAUUCUCCUAUUGUUUGUAACAUACAGGUAAUCAAUAAUUUAUCCACACUAGAUUGACACUCAAAAAUGUAUAUGGAUAUUUAACUCACACCCACUCGUGGUUUCACAGUGUGUUUGCUCGCUGUAAGCUUGUGGAUUUUAUUUAUCUUUAACAACAAAAAUAUCUCUACAACUGGUGUUCAGGCUUCUGAAUAAUCUCGAGUAAAUCCAUAAUCCUACUAGGAGAUUUAGCAUACCUUAAAUACUAAGUUGACGGGACACCAUUUAUUGGGGUUAGAUAUAGAGGUAACUAACCCUCAGCAAAAGUGAGAAAAUCAUAAGCUGAUUGCACUUUAAUCACUGUAACUGGUUGAAAUAACAUAAGGUAGGAAUUUAAAGCUUCAUGGGGAAAUGACAAAGACUCUGUUAAGUUAAAUUACAUGAGGAAAUAUUCAGGUCGGAGAUAAAAUCGCUUACCAGCACUGGCGAAAACUUCUCUUCGGAACGACUGGAAGCCUUAUCAUGUGCUUAUACUUUGAAGUCAUAACUUUGAUCUCAAAAUGUCUAAUUGUAGACCGGAAAAUAAAAUUAUUUGUUAUUCUUCAAAACACAUUACUCAUGUUCCAUGUGACUACGAUGACCACAAAUUUAGGGAGAACAAUCCAGCAUCAAGUAGUUAAAGUUAGACAGAAAAGGGGGAUAUCAUAAGAGAUCCAAAAAGUGAAAUAAUUGGCCGUAGUAUGAUGAAAGUAGAUCUAGUCUGUAUCUAUUUUUAUCAUUUAAAAUCCACCCAGGACAACUGCAAGUCCGUAAGCAAAAUAUUUUCGGCUUGGAUUUUAAUAAAUUUUGGAUUUGCACUACUGUCUACUAAUUCAGCAGCCAGGUAAUUGUUUUUAAAGCGACUAGUUCAUUAUAUAUUGUCGCUAAUUAUAUACG